AUGGGAAGUGGGAUCAGUUCAGAGAGCAAGGAGUCAGCCAAGAGGUCAAAGGAGCUGGAGAAGAAACUCCAGGAAGAUGCUGAGCGAGAUGCGAGAACAGUGAAGCUGCUACUGCUAGGAGCAGGUGAAUCUGGGAAAAGUACGAUUGUUAAGCAAAUGAAGAUCAUCCAUAAGAACGGGUACAGUAAGCAAGAAUGCAUGGAGUUCAAGGCAGUGAUCUACAGUAACACACUGCAGUCUAUCUUAGCCAUUGUGAAAGCAAUGACUACGCUUGGGAUCGAUUAUGUAAACCCUAGAAGUGCAGAAGACAAGCAGCAACUGCAUGCAAUGGCAAAUACACUAGAAGAUGGUGACAUGACACCCCAGCUGGCAGAAGUGAUUAAACGCCUUUGGGGAGACCCAGGAAUCCAAGCUUGCUUUGAAAGGGCUUCUGAAUACCAGCUCAAUGACUCUGCCGCUUACUACCUUAAUGACUUAGAUAGAAUCACAGCCCCUGGGUACGUGCCAAAUGAGCAAGAUGUUCUGCAUUCCCGGGUGAAGACGACUGGUAUCAUUGAAACUCAAUUCUCCUUUAAAGACUUGAACUUCAGAAUGUUUGAUGUUGGUGGGCAGAGGUCAGAGAGAAAGAAAUGGAUCCACUGCUUUGAAGGAGUGACGUGCAUCAUAUUCUGCGCUGCACUCAGUGCCUACGACAUGGUGCUCGUCGAAGAUGAAGAGGUGAAUAGAAUGCAUGAAAGUCUUCACCUGUUCAACAGCAUCUGCAAUCACAAGUAUUUCGCCACCACUUCCAUUGUCCUCUUUCUCAACAAGAAAGAUCUCUUCCAGGAAAAAGUGGCCAAGGUUCACCUCAGCAUCUGCUUCCCAGAGUACACUGGACCAAAUACAUUCGAAGAUGCAGGGAACUACAUCAAGAACCAGUUUCUAGACCUGAAUUUAAAAAAGGAAGAUAAGGAAAUCUACUCUCAUAUGACCUGUGCUACUGAUACCCAAAACGUCAAAUUCGUGUUUGAUGCGGUGACAGACAUAAUAAUAAAAGAGAAUCUCAAAGACUGUGGGCUCUUCUGAGCCACUACUUUAUCUUAUAUUUGUGAUGGUUGUAGCCUGUUCAAAGACAUUCACGGUGCUCAAGGGGCUGUGUGAUUAGUUUAGGUAGAUACUAACUUAUCUAGAAAUGUAACUCAAAUUAUAAAACAAAACUUUCAAAAAAAAUGUUACUGCUGUAUUAUCACCUGUAUCUGGAUAAAGUUUUAUUUCCUAGGGGCAUGGGGGGUAGAGUUUCUGACAUUCUCUAUAUAGAAUUUGACGUAUCUUGGUAACUAUCACAAUAUAUACUCAUGUUACUAAACUUUC